AGAGGCUGAGCUCUGCCCUCGCUCUUUCCCACCGUCUUCUGUCUCCUUCGCUCAGCGCAUCCAGCUGAUACACGUCGGCCCGGGGCCACCGUCGCGUCCACAGCGUCCACAGCCCGGUCUUCCUCUCCAGUGUGUGUGGCAGCCAGCAAUCACCCAUACCGAUGAGGAUCAACUGAUAGGGUUAAAAAGAAGUUCCUUUUUUUCUUAUUUUGUCACGCGGAAAGAAUGUCGGAAAGGGCCGAGGAUGACGUCAGGGGGGAGCAGCGCCGAGCGGCCAGGCAGCAGCUGAAGCAGCAGCAGCAGCUCCAGCGGGGAGAAGGCUCCACAGCAAUGGCGACUGUUGCGGAGCGGAGAUCCCUGCCUAGUCCAGACAUCAUGCUGGGGCAGCCCUGGAGCAGCUGGGUAGACGCCGCCAAACUCCACGGCCACGACGGUGCUGAAUCGGAGGAAAGUUUCAAAGACUUGGGGAAAAAUCGAGAAGCCAUGCGUCUGUGCAGAGAAGACAUGCCCAUAUUCGGCCAGUGUCCCGCACAGGACGACUUCUACCUGGUGAUGUGCAGCCACUGUGGUCAAGUAGUCAAGCCCCAAGCCUUCCAAGCACACUACGAGAGAAGACAUAGUUCAGCCAGCAAGCCAGCCUCCACCUCGCCCUUCCCCGUGUCAGGCAGGAACCGGAGCAGCACUGGGCUUGGGCCUGGGCUGAGCUCGGGGUCUGUAGCUGGGGUGACGACUGGAGGCAUCCUUGGCCGACCCUCAACUGCUGGAUCCAGCUUGUCCUCUUCGACCUCCUCCUCGACCUCUAAUCCCAAACUCCUCAAACCAGCCAAAGAGAAGCUGCCAGGCACUCAGCGAAGAACCCCCUUUCCACCUUUCAGAAUGCUCCCGCCAGAUAAGACUCACCUCACCCCGGCUGUCAAGGUGGAGAAGAUGCACCUGAGGGUGGACUCGUCAGCUAAGCUGGUGCAGGCCCCACCUGCCCCCACCACCACCCCAUCCUCCUCCACAUCCUCCUCUAGCACCACUGUGAGCUCCAACACUACCACCAUCACCACCUCAUCAUCAGCCCUUAAACCAGGCCUUAACUGUCCCUCCAUACCAAAGCCUCCGUCACUGACCCUGGGUCAGAUCCCCAACGGCAAGGGCCACCUCUCGGCCCUCUCAGACAAGAAGCAGGACAGCAGCAGUGCCAGUAGCAGACGCCACCCCAGCAGGAAAGUAAAUGAACGUGAGUUCAAUGCAGAUAUCCACUGUGGCGUUGUGGAUAUUACAGCUCGGAAAACAUGCACAAGAUCUCUAACAUGCAAGACACAUUCCUUAAGCCAGCGAAGGGCGGUGCCAGGGCGGAGGAAGCGCUUUGACACAUUGCUGGCGGAGCACAAGAACAGAGCAAGGGACAGAGACCUCAAUCCACCCCAUUCCCAGCAAAACCCCCCUCUCAGGGACCCACACCCCCCCUCCAACCUCGCCACUGCCCAUGACCCGCACCAGGGGGCUCAUGGCAACGGCCCUGCCCCAGAAGCCACUAAGCCUUUGCCACUCUGCAAGCCCAAAUUUAGUCCUGGUCUUCCACGACUAAACAGCAGUCACGGAGUUGGCACCCCUGGAGACCCUGCGGUAGUCCACGAAUCACCACACCAUCCCCAAAGUACCCCCGAUGGGUUUUCCCGACCCUCGAGUGAUGAGGGCGAGAACGAGGAGCGGGAGGAAAACACUGACAAACUGGACUGUCAUUAUUCAGGUUAUCACCCUCGACCGGCAGCUCACUGUACCUUUGGAAGUCGACUGCUUGGAAGAGGCUUCUAUUCGUUUGACCGGCGAUGGGACAAAGCUCGAUGUGCAAUUACCACAAUGAUGGACAAGCAUGUCAACUCUCAGAUGUGGAAGAAAAUCCCAUUGGCCUUGGAGAACUCCUCCUCCGUUGCACCUACCCAUAGGACAAGCACAAAUUCCCAUGGUAGCACUCCCUCCUCAGGCUUCCUGGGCCCCCCUGCCACCUUGCCCCAGACUCCUUAUAGCCAAUCAUACGAGGGCAAAUCUGUGCUCUCCUAUGGGACCACCUUAAAUGCCCGUAGCUCCCCACAGGGUGGGGCUGAGCACCCGGCCUACGGCACUACGCAGGCCCGACAAGUGUCUUCGUUGCCGCAGAUGCCUUCAGCCCACUCGUCCUCAUCUUCUUCUUCAGUUUCUUCCCUAGCCUCAGGCCGGGCGCUCAAGUCCCGCUCCUCCAGCAGCAGCACUACCAAGUCAUCAUCGUCCUUCAGGCCCAAGGAGAUCUCCCCUGUCUCCUCCGCUUCUGUCGUCCCCAACGCCACUGGUGGGGGCAGCAGUGGAGCUAACAGUAACAUUAGCAGCCCUAGCGUCAGCGCUGGGAAGAAAAGGAAGAACAGCUCUCUCCUCUCUUCGUCCCAUUGCGCCUCUGAAUCCUCCUCCUCUAAUGCCAACUACUCUUCCUCCUCCUCUUUCAAGAAGAACUGUGCAAAUGUCGGCAGCUCAGGGAGCACCUACCACCACAGCUCAUUAGGCUCUUCAUCCUCAUCGUCAUUAUCCUCCUCCCACAGCGGAGUCCACAGCGUGGGGCUUAACUGUGGCCCCAAUGUGCGGACCAACUCACUAAGCCUCAAGGCCGAGCCUCCUGGAGGUUCAGUAGGAGGCUCUUCGGGGCCCCCUGCACGAGGUCCUCCCUCGGGCAGCCCGGCAGAGUCCAUCAAGCGUAUGAGUGUGGUAAUGAACAGCAGUGACUCCACCCUUUCCCUGGGGCCCUUUGUCCACCACCAGUCCUCAUCUGACCACCACACCAGCUUCAGCCACCACACCUCAGACGGGCGCCUGGAGGGCAAGAAGCGCAAAAGCUCUCCUGUCUCCAGCAGCAUUAAUAGCGGAGGUGGGGGAGGAGGGCUGGGAGUAGGAGGAGGGGGACCUGGACCUGGUAGACCCAAAGUGGCCAAGUCACCCGCCAUUAACAACAUCCAUGGGAAACAUGGUCGGAGCAUUCCAGGGACGCCAGGGCUGCCAAACAACUCACAUCUACAUCAGCCAAAGGCUCGUCCCUGACAGCGGUGCCUGGCUCCAGUGUAUGGACCCGGCACACCGACAGGGAAGAGUCCGGAGCGGUCGGCACGCUGCUCGGGACUGAACGAGGCCUUUUAAAGACAAACCCACAUUACUCUCAGCUUCCCACAAUCCUCAGGGUGGAGAUGAUCUGGACUGCCCAGUGAAGUCAUGUGGUCCUUACUAAUUCUCCCAAAGCCAUGCGUGUUUGUAUGUGUGUGUGUGGGUGUGUGUGUUGGGCAUGGUGGCACUGUAUAAGGUUAGGAAAGCAGCAUGGUGCACAAGGGGUCUAAUGAGCGAGCCAAGUGACCCCCCCCUUCUCCACGUGAGUGUUGUCCCAGUAUUCUGAGAGGUCUUCCUGUCUGGUUGGACAUAAGAGAAACGACAGCAGCAGCCAUGGGUCUCUUGAGCGGGGCUGUAAAGCUCAUUGGUUCAGGUUAAGGGCUGCAGCAACAAGCUGUCAACAAUG